UACAAUGGCUUCUUUCGAUUUAUCCGUAAUGAAUGAAGUUUUGAGUUACGUGGAACGUGGGGUUACGAGUAAGGAGAGUUUUUUGUUGCUGAAGUUAUCUGAAAUUGAGGAAGCUGAACGUGAAUCUUUCGCGAGAGGAGAGAGGGGAGUGCGUGUGGUUGUAUCUUCGUGGGAGGACGCCGAACUAAGGGAGGGAACAGGGCCUUGGCCUCUUAUGACCUCCAGAUGUUAUCCCGAGAGUGCCCCUUAUGAUGAUGCUGUAUGGCAUCAGGAGUAUAGGUGGUCUUGGGAGUUCAAAAAAUAUGAGUCCCGUUAUUAUUGGGCUCCGGAUACGUACAAGACUCCCACUUCCACUUCUGUGUCCAAAGAAGAAUUGAUGGAGGAAAUUAUAGGUAUUUUGGGCGUCAACGCUUGUUGUAGGAGCUAUAUGUUUUUACCUAAUGAUCCUCCUAGGCUUGGGUUUCGCCCCAAAAACUCUGCGUUAGAGCUCGUUUUCGUGCAACGUUAUAAAUUGGAGUGGGAGGAAAUGAUAUUGGUCUCGAAAGCUUGGGAUGUGCGCUGGAAUCUUCCAGUCCAGAGUGUCUGGUAUCCCUGCUAGCUUGUAGCAUGUUUUCAUUAUAUAUUGAAUAUUUUAUACUGGUG